AUGAAGACAAACAUUCACCGAGCCGACCGUUGCCUUCCCCCCAACUCCCAGCCCCAGCGUCAACUGACUACACUCGCUGACUCGCUCCCCCGGUUCCCCUUCUCUGCUCGCCAUCUUUUGCUCUCCGCUUGGCUCGUCAAUCACCUCCUACGCUCCACACGCCGCCGGCGACUACAACUGCUUCUGCCGUGGUUACAGAGAAGAAGGGUUUGGGGAGAAGACAACCUAAAUCAAUUGGAUCUGGGAGUAUCAGAUCUAAAAAGGAUUCCAUUUCUAUUACUUGUAGUCUCUUUCUGUUCUUAUAUGAGUGGUAACUUGGUUCAUGCUAGUAUGCUUUUCAGGUUUUCAUCAAGGUAGAAAAAGAAACUUUUCUGUCCGGUCAUGGCUUUCCCAACUGCAGCAGCUGUUUUGCUUAAUGAGAACAUGCAGAUUCAUAAAGGAAACAGGGUUGAUGCACCAAGUGCCAAACCACUGAAAUCAUCAGCCAAACCUGAGAGAAAGGCUCUUCAGGAUGUGUCUAACAUUCCUAAAGGCACUGCUUUAAAGAACAGAUCCACAGUCAAAGAGGGGUCCGCCUUGAAAGAAAGGCCUGCACUCCACAAUGUGUCUAACAACCUCAAAGAGAGGUCCAUCCUGAAAGAGAGGCCUCCUCUUCAGGAUGUGUCUAACACCCGCAAUGAGAGGUCCAUCCUGAAAGAGAAAUCUGCCCUGUGUAGCCAUGAAGCUAUUAAGAACCCAGUGAAUAUUUUUGCUGAUGACGAAGAGACCAAAGGGUGCCAUGAAUGGGCUAAGGAUGGGAUGGAGGGCACUCACUUCACUGGAAAUGAUUCUCAGAAGUUGGAUAAAGAUGUGCAACACAAACGUAUCAAGAAGAAAGUGGCAAAAGUUACGUCAGCAUUGUAUGGCUGGUCACAUGAGGUAUAUGGUCAUGUGAUGUUUAUGGCUAUGGUUCCCAAGUUUUCUGAAGAAUCGAAAGAGCUGGAGCUGGAACCAGAGAUUCUUCCAGACAUCACUAGGUGUAUGUCUACCUCAGGCAAGAGGGAUGAUGCACCAAGCGCCAAACGGCUGAAGCCUAAGCUUCAAGAACCGAAGGCUCUUCAGGUUCAGGAUUUGUCUAACACUGUCAAAGGGAGCCCUUCUCUGUGCAGCCAUGAAGCUGUGAAGAACCCAGUGAAAAUAUUCACUGUUGAAGAGACCAAAAAGUGUCAUGAAUCGGCUAAUGAUGUGUCGGAGGGCACUCACUUCACAGGAAAUGAUCGUCAGAAGCUGGAUAAGGAUGUGCAAGGCAAGCGUGACAAAACACAGCUGGUUGAAGAUUCUCCUACUGAUGAUGAGCUUGACGACUACCCAUUUUUGGACAACAGUCCUGUUAAGUUUGAGCUGAAAGAUGAGUCAGUGAUUCCAGAUAUUGGAGCAAUCUGAAGUGAUAGUGUUUGUGCGAUUGUUCUGUAGCAAUCUAUGUAGUACGAUGUUUAGUACAUGUUGUUUGUUCUGUAGCAAACUAUGUAGUUUGAGCUGAAAGAUGAGUCAGUGCCUCAUCGGGUACUUUUGAGUACCGUAGCGGUUGUCAAGUUUCAUGCUCUCCUGAAACAUCCUUCGCAACUCGCAAGUGAAACUCUGGUUUAUGCCCUGAAUCAGCUGCUGAAUAAGCUAAUGAUUGCAUGAGUAUCCGUUGAUGCAUAGUAGUGAAAGGAAUGGCUAAGAGGGAGUGAAUUAGUUUUUUUUUAA